GCGAGUACGCCAGUAUAUGAACUUUCCAUUCUCUUCUGGGAAAGAGGAGAGGAGGUGGGGCUUCCGCGUAAAUAACGAAAACAUCUCUUUCCGUCAGUUCUUUCUGUCAUCAACCAUGGCCGAUAUACCAACUGUUGCUGCUUUGUGUCUUUUGUGGAAGUCAGAAAUACAUCGGAAAACCAUACACCGUCAUGUUAGGGUGCAUGAAACCAUCAGGAGGUGCACACAGCUUCUCCAGGAACUGCGUCUGGAUGACGCUACUGCUACCACGAUAUCACAGGUGGACACCAACUACAGGCGUUCCGUCUCCGCUGCGGAGUGCCUGUCUAUCUGUCUCCGAUACUUUGCCACUGGUGACUCCUUAAGGACAAUCGCGAACAGCUUCCGUGUUGGAGUCUCCACGGUGUCCAAGAUUGUCCCUGAUGUUGCCACCACUAUUUGGGACUGUUUUGUGGAGGAGUUCAUGGCUCUGCCCAAUACAGAGGAGUGGAGGUCAGUAGCAGAGAAGUUUGAGGAGCAGUGGAAUUUUCUUCUGGAUGACAAACAUGUCAUUGUCAAAGCCCCUGCUAGCUCAGGAUCUCAGUUCUUCAACUACAAGGGAACCUUUUCAUUAGUUCUUCUUGCAGUUGUGGAUGCUUAGUAUUGUUUCCGAGUGAUUGAUGUCGAGUGCUACAGACAAACGAGCAAUGGUAAGAUUCUGGCAAACUCAGCGUUUGGUCAAGCGCUUCGAUCAGACACCCUGCAAUUGCCUGCUGACCUGCCACUAGCAGGAGGUGACCACAGAGGACUCCAGCCACACGUCUUUGUUGCUGAUGAAGCCUUUCCGCUCCAGAGAAACCUCAUGAGGCCAUUCCCUGGGCGCAUCCUUCCAAGAGAACGUAAGGUUUUUAACUACCGUCUGUCCCGAGCUUGGUUGGUUGUGGAGAAUGCCUUUGGGAUCCUCUCUUCCCAGUGGAGGACGUACAGGCGUGCCAUCGAGGUUCAUCCAGAUGUUGCAGAGAAGCGUGUUAAGGCCACCUGCAUUCUCCAUAAUUUCCCGCGGAGGACAACCCAGACAGCUGCAGUGAGGGCGAGCAUCCCUGAUGUUGAGGUGGAGCCACUACCAGGUCUGGAAAGACUUGCUGCAAACAACUCAGCAAGAGAAGCCAUCAGGGUUAGGGAGACCUUCACAUCCUUCUUCUCUGCAGAGGGAGCUGUCUCAUGGCAAGACACCAAGUAGUGCAUAAGCAAACCCAAAACACCCACACAUUACUAAUGAGCAAACUUCCUGCAAUAUUACUAUAUUGUAUAUAAGUCAAUAAAAUUAGGCCAUCAAUUUAUAUUCAUGUCAUAGACAAUUGUGUCUCAUUUUAUU